CUGAAAGCUUUGAAAAUUCAUUUAAUAUUUUAAUGGUUAAAAAAUAUAAAUAAACAUUUCCUGACAUGUUAGUAAUAUAAACUAAACAUAAAAUCGUUCAGAGUAAUAAUUCUCAAUCAUGGAAUAUCAUUAUUCGGAUCAUUGUUUGCAAUCCGAACAUCUGUUGACUGAGGAAUACGCAAGUGAUUAUUCGCAACAAUUCCUCGUACCAACAAAGGAAGGGGAAUAUGAGGUGCGGAGUAGUGUUUUGGUGGACGGAGGGGAUAGAUUUGGAGUGUCUGCUGUGGUGUUUGAUAAACAUGAAGAAUUGAUAUGGAUGGGAAACCAAGGUGGUCAUGUUACAUCAUAUUAUGGUCCCGGUAUGCAGAAAUAUACAUCUUUUCAAAUACACGAUUCAGAAGAAGUUAGGGACAUAGUAACAGAUGAAAUAGGUAUUUAUGCACUGACAAAAACAACUCUCCGUCAUCAAAUACGUAGAGGAAUACCGAAACAUACGUACAGAUCAACAAAUAUGACCGAUAUGCAAUGUUUGUUACAAGUCAAUCCAACAAAACUUAUGAUGGGAGGUCAUCAAAAUAAAUUAUUGGAGUUUGAUGUAACAAAAAUGACAGAAACUGUUAUACCUAUAAAAGAAGAUGGUUGUGUAGUGAUGCGUAGUGGUGGUGCUACUCUUUUGGCGUGUGGCAGCGCAAACGGGCAAGUGUCACUUCGUGAUCUUAGGACUCCGAAUGCGGCUGAACACACUUUCAGAGCUCAUGCUAAUUCUUUGUCUGAUAUGGAUAUGCAAGGAGACCUGCUUAUAUCAUGUGGAUUCACACAAUCAGCUGGAGGUGUGGCAGUAGCUGAGCCAUAUGUAGUAGUAUGGGACUUACGUUGCCUCAAGGGUACAUCUACAGUUGACCGAGCAAGGUCCAUACAUACAGCUGCUGCACCACUGUUGCUACAUUUCCUACCUGCCUUCUCUGGCCGUGCGGUGGCACUGUCAGGGGAUGGACAUGUCGCGUUGCUGCAUGUUAAUGCCCCGCAGGAGAAGCAGUCUGUCUUCCAGGUGGACACUCAAAGUUCUAUGAGUGUAAUGGAUGUGUCAGCAACGAGCCAGGCUUUAGUGUUUGGUGAUCAAGGAGGUCAUCUGCAUCUGUUCUCACCGCGACAAAACAAUGAACCAGUCUUCAAUAACUUCUCUAGAGAAACAGAAUUCGCAGAUCAAUUACCAACUUUGCCAACGGCUAGUUUGAAAGACAAAAAUUUCAAGUUUUCUUCUGUCAAAUUACCAGAACUGACGAAUGGUAAAUGGUGUAAUGAAUUACCACCGGAAUUCUUUAAAAAAGCUUACAGAAAACCGAAACCAAUUGAUCCCGAAUUACUUUCUACAAUGAAGAUGAAAGGACCCAUUGGUUAUGCUCCCAAUCCGAAGACAACAAGAAGGAAUCAGAUGCCUUAUAUAUCAGAUACUUUGGAAGAUUUAAGUGUUGUUAAACAAUAUGAAAAUAAAUGCAGCACAUUGCCUAUUCCUGAACAUUAUCAGAAGUUGGAUCUCCAUUAUAAUAAACAUGGAUCGAACGAGGAAUUGGAAAAUUAUAAUAAAACUAAACUACCUGGUUUGGAGGCUACAAUACCUAAUUCUUAUUGUAAUCCAAUGCUGCAGGUAUUGUAUUAUAUUCCGCCAUUAAAAGCUACUCUUUUGGCGCACACUUGUGCUAAAGAGUUCUGUCUAAGCUGUGAAUUGGGCUUCCUAUUCCGCAUGUUAGACACGUCUAAUGGCGUGGCAUGUCAGGCAAAUAACUUCCUGCGUGCGUUCCGUACUGUGCCCGAGGCGGCUGCACUUGGUCUAAUACUUACAGACACUACUGACCCCAGACCUGAUUUACUGGCACUUAUUCAGAGUUGGAAUCGUUUUAUCUUGCAUCAAAUACAUUCAGAAAUAUUAGAGACGCGUAAGAAAGAAAAGGAAUUGGCCAAACUCAGUAAAACUAGUCCGCCUAAAGGUCGUGUAAAUACUAAGAUGCAAGCAGUAUUAAACGGACCUUAUAAAGAGGCAUUCCAAUAUACUAAAUUAGAGUUUGUUGCCGACUUUGAUGAUGAUGAAAAAGAAACGGACUCAGCAAAAAUAACAAAGGAAGUUAAAAACGGAAUUGAACAAAUAAAACUCAGCGAGCAGACAUUCUCAAACAAUCGUUCUGUGGAACGCGAGGAGUCUGAGAUCUCGCAGUUGUUCGCGAUCGGUAGACAUCAGCUAAAUAGAUGUCUAAAAUGCAACAAAGAGGAGGAGCGCGAGUCGGUGACACUGGCGUGCCUGCUACAAUACGGGGAGGCCCAGCCGGUGGGCGCAGGGGGUGCGGCGGGUGCAGCGGGUGGUGGGGGCGCGGUGGGUGCGGGCGGGGGGUUCGCGGAGCUGGUGCAGGCGUCGCUGUCGGCGCGGCGCAGCACGCCCGCCUGGUGCGAUACCUGCUCGCGGUUCACUCCUACCGCGCAGCGCGGACGACUCACCAGGUUACCACCAAUAUUGGCUAUCAACUGUGGCGGUGUGACGCCUCAUGAGAAAGCUUAUUGGUCAAAAGGAGUAACAAAGGAGGUGGACGCUUCUAAGAAAGUGAGCACCGGCAAGCCGUGUCGUUACGGAGUGCACUGCGCACGCGCCGGAUGUCGCUUUAAACAUCCGGACAAACCGACAUCAUCUCAAAGUGGAUCAGCCAAGAGUCCGCAGGAAUCUAAUUGUGUGUUGCCACACCAUCUUGUGAUCAGACAACAAUCGGAUGGCGAUGUUGCUAUUAAUGAUAAGAAGGAUUUAAGCACGGAAAUAAACCGUCUAGACGUAAACAAGCAGAAGAAGAAAUACAAGACUCGGUCAGAAGAAGAAUAUACUCUGUCCGCGGCGGUUGUGUGCGUGGAAGACAACCCUAAGAAUUUAGUCGCGUACAUACAAGUCAACAAGGAUAAUGAACCUAAAUGGUAUCUUUUUAACGACUUAAGCAUCGUUCCUGUGAGCGCGGACGAGGUGGUUGAAUACAGCGCGUGGUGGAAAUCCCCCUGUGUAUUGUUCUAUACAGCCGCACGCGCACGUUACCGCCCCCCCACUGACACAAACCACACCCCCUAACGUCUAAUCUCAUUUACAUCUGUGUUAAGAUAUUACCAUCCCUCUAACACUCGUCGAAGAAUAGAGAUAGUAAUAGUUUUUGAACUAAAACAUCGCAUUAGAGUCACAGUUUGAAUAAAACGCUACAUGUUUUAUUUUUCUAAACAAAAGGUGAAAAACAAAUAAACGGCCACCUGAAUUUGCUA